UUUUUUUCAUCAUUUGCUAAUUUGAUUCAUGGGUUACAUUGUAUUGCUCUCAAUUCCUUGUGCACUUUGCUUCCUGUGGUUGAAUUGUUUUGUGGGCAUUUGUUACUCUUCUUUGUAUAAUGCAGAUCAAGAAAAAGAUAGGAUUUUUUAUUUGCCUGGGCAGCCUGAUAAUGUUGGAUUUAGUCAGUACUCAGGUUAUAUAACUGUGAAUCAGAAAGCUGGGAGGGCAUUGUUUUACUGGUUAACUGAGUCACCGAAAGAAAGAGGGCCUGAAAACAGGCCACUUGUUUUGUGGCUCAAUGGAGGCCCUGGUUGCUCCUCUGUUGCUUAUGGAGCUUCUGAAGAAAUCGGACCUUUUCGAAUUAAUUCAGAUGGGAAAACCCUUUACCUCAAUCCUUAUUCUUGGAAUAAAUUGGCAAAUUUGCUUUUCCUUGAGUCACCAGCUGGAGUUGGUUUCUCUUAUUCAAACACUUCAUCAGAUUUGUACACUGUAGGAGACAAACAAACAGCCGAGGAUGCAUAUGCGUUUCUGGUGAGUUGGUUCGAGAGAUUUCCUCAAUACAAGCAUAGAGAUUUUUACAUCACUGGAGAAAGUUAUGCAGGUCACUAUGUUCCUCAGCUAUCUCAGCUCAUAUACGAAAGAAAUAAGGGACUUGAAAAGCCAGUUAUUAAUUUCAAGGGAUUCAUGGUGGGAAAUGCUGUUAUUGAUGAUUAUCACGAUUAUAUUGGCACGUUUGAGUAUUGGUGGACUCACGGUUUGAUCUCGGACUCAACUUACAAAGUCCUUCGAUUAACGUGUAAUUUGGGAUCUGCCACUCAUCCCUCCAGCGAUUGUGUUAAGGCCCUCGAAUUAGCUAAUCAAGAAACGGGGAACAUUGACCCUUAUAGCAUUUAUACCUUACCCUGCAAUACUACUUCUUCUUCACUCAGGCGCCGAUUAAGAGGUCACUAUCCAUGGAUGUACAGAGCAUAUGAUCCAUGCACCGAAAGGUACUCACAGAUUUACUUUAAUCUCGAUGAGGUUCAAAAGGCAUUUCAUGCGAAUGUAACGGGUAUUUCUUACCCGUGGCAGUCGUGCAGCGAUAUAGUUGGUAAUUAUUGGGCAGAUUCUCCUCUGUCUACUCUUCCAAUUUAUCAAGAGCUAAUAGCAGCAGGUGCCACGAGGUGCCCUUACACCGGCCACGGCAAGCUUUUAUCCUUUUCCGAUCAUUUUUGGAGAAUAAACCUAUGCCCACCUGAAUUUUUACACGUGCAUUUUGCAGAAUAA